UCCGAGGGCGCUGGGCGCCCUGGAGAGAGGGGGCCGGGCCGGGGCUCUGGAGCUUGGGCCGAGGCUGCGGAGGCGCCGCCCGAGAGGAAGAAGCCGCGGCGGGGAGCGUAUCUUUCGAAGAUGGUUUGGCUGCCUUGGCGAUUUGGAGAUCUGAUGCCACGAUGAGGACUCACACACGGGGGGCUCCCAGUGUGUUUUUCAUAUCUUUACUUUGCUUUGUGUCAGCCUACGUCACUGACGAGAACCUGGAAGUCAUGAUUCCCUUCACCAAUGCCAACUACGACAGCCACCCGAUGCUGUACUUCUCCAGGGCGGAGGUGGCAGAGCUGCAGCUCAGGGCCACCAGCUCCCACGAGCACAUUGCCGCCCGGCUCACCGAGGCCGUGCACACCAUGCUGUCCAGCCCCUUGGAGUACCUGCCUCCCUGGGACCCCAAGGACUUCAGCGCCCGCUGGAAUGAGAUCUACGGCAACAACUUGGGUGCCUUGGCGAUGUUCUGUGUGCUGUAUCCAGAGAACAUUGAAGCCCGAGACAUGGCCAAAGACUACAUGGAGAGGAUGGCAGCUCAGCCUAGUUGGUUGGUGAAAGAUGCUCCCUGGGAUGAAGUCCCACUUGCUCACUCCCUGGUGGGUUUUGCCACUGCCUAUGACUUCUUGUACAACUACCUGAGCAAGACACAGCAGGAGAAGUUUCUUGAAGUGAUCGCCAAUGCCUCAGGAUAUAUGUACGAAACCUCAUACAGGAGGGGAUGGGGGUUUCAGUAUCUGCACAAUCAUCAGCCCACCAACUGCAUGGCUCUGCUCACAGGAAGCCUCGUUCUGAUGAACCAAGGGUAUCUUCAGGAAGCCUACUUAUGGACCAAACAAGUUCUGACCAUCAUGGAGAAGUCUCUGGUCUUGCUCCGAGAGGUGACGGACGGCUCCCUCUAUGAAGGGGUCGCGUACGGCAGCUACACCACUAGGUCACUCUUCCAGUAUAUGUUCCUGGUUCAGAGGCACUUUGACAUCAACCACUUCGGCCAUCCGUGGCUUAAGCAACACUUUGCCUUUAUGUAUAGAACCAUCCUGCCAGGGUUUCAAAGAACUGUGGCCAUUGCAGACUCAAAUUACAACUGGUUUUAUGGUCCAGAAAGCCAGUUAGUGUUCCUGGAUAAGUUUGUCAUGCGGAACGGCAGUGGUAACUGGCUCGCUGACCAAAUCAGAAAGAACCGCGUGGUGGAAGGCCCAGGGACCCCAUCCAAAGGCCAGCGCUGGUGCACUCUUCACACGGAAUUUCUCUGGUAUGAUGCCAGCUUGAAAUCUGUUCCUCCUCCAGAUUUUGGCACCCCUACAUUGCAUUAUUUUGAAGACUGGGGUGUGGUGACUUACGGAAGUGCACUGCCUGUGGAAAUCAAUAGAUCUUUUCUUUCCUUCAAGUCAGGAAAACUUGGGGGACGUGCAAUAUAUGACAUUGUCCACAGAAACAAAUACAAAGAUUGGAUCAAAGGAUGGAGAAAUUUUAAUGCCGGGCAUGAACAUCCUGACCAAAACUCAUUUACUUUUGCUCCCAAUGGUGUGCCUUUCAUUACUGAGGCUCUCUAUGGGCCAAAGUAUACCUUUUUCAACAACGUCUUGAUGUUUUCCCCAGCUGUGUCGAAGAGUUGCUUUUCUCCCUGGGAGGGUCAGGUCACAGAAGACUGCUCAUCAAAAUGGUCUAAAUAUAAGCAUGACCUAGCAGCUAGCUGUCAAGGGAGAGUGGUUGCAGCUGUGGAGAAAAAUGGGGUGCUUUUCAUCCGAGGAGAAGGUGUGGGAGCUUAUAACCCCCAGCUCAAUCUGAAGAACGUCCAGAGGAAUCUGAUCCUCCUACAUCCACAGCUUCUCCUCCUUGUGGAUGAAGUACAUCUGGGAGAGGAGAGCCUCGUGGAGACGGCCACGAGCUUCUUCCACAAUGUGGACUUCCCUUUCGAGGAGACAGUGGUAGACGGGGUCCAUGGGGCUUUCAUCAGGCAGAGAGAUGGUCUCUAUAAAAUGUACUGGAUGGAUGAUACUGGCUACAGUGAGAAAGCAACUUUUGCUUCAGUGACAUACCCUCGGGGCUAUCCCUACAAUGGGACAAACUAUGUGAAUGUCACCAUGCACCUCCGAAGUCCCAUCUCCAGGGCAGCUUACCUCUUCAUAGGGCCAUCCGUGGAUGUUCAGAGCUUCAGCAUCCACGGAGACCCUCAGCAACUGGAUGUGUUCAUAGCCACCAGAGAACACGCCUAUGCCGUUUACCUUUGGACAGGUGAGACCAUGGGACAGUCUGCCUUUGCACAGGUCAUUGCAGAUCGUCAGAAAAUUCUGUUUGACCGGAGUUCAGUCAUCAAGAGCGCCACUGUCCCUGAGGUGAAGGACUAUGCUGCUAUUGUGGAACGGAACCUGCAGCAUUUCAAGCCAGUGUUCCAGCUGCUGGAGAAGCAGAUCCUGUCCCGGGUCCGGAACACAGCUAGCUUCAGGAAGACUGCCGAGCGCCUGCUGAGAUUUUCAGACAAGAGACAGACUGAGGAGGCCAUCGACAGGAUUUUUGCCAUAUCCCAGCAACAGCAGCAGCAACAAAGCAAGUCAAAGAAAAACCGAAGGGUAGGCAAGCGCUAUAAAUUUGUGGAUGCCGUCCCUGAUAUUUUUGCACAGAUCGAAGUCAAUGAAAAAAAGAUUCGGCAGAAAGCUCAGAUUUUGGCACAGAAAGAACAGCCCAUAGAUGAAGAUGAAGAAAUGAAAGACCUUUUAGAUUUUGCAGAUGUAACAUAUGAGAAACACAAAAACAAUGGCCUGAUGAAAGGCCGGUUUGGGCAGGCGCGGAUGGUGACUACCCACAGCAAAGCCCCGUCCCUGUCGGCCUCUUACACCAGACUGUUCCUGAUUCUGAACAUUGCUAUUUUCUUCGUCAUGUUGGCAAUGCAACUGACUUACUUCCAGAGGGCCCAGAGCCUACAUGGCCAAAGAUGUCUUUAUGCAGUCCUUCUAGUAGAUAGCUGUAUUUUAUUAUGGCUGUACUCUUCUUGUUCCCAGUCACAGUGUUAGCACUGAAGCUAUCAAUCGCUUGAUCACUUAUGAUCACAAGUCUAUGUUAAAAAAAAAAAAAUUGCCCUUGUUUGUUAUUGGAUUUUUUCUCAGAUUCAUUUUAACAAAUUAAGGGGGGUAUCUCUUCAUACAAGAAGGCAAGGACAUGGAGAAAUCAGAAUUGGAACAGGCAAAGAAUGUGUCAAAGGGAUAAAAGUAGUUUGGUUGUCACAUGAUGUUCCUGGAAGUGUUUGGCUUGACUAAUUUAGCAGUCCAUAUAAUACUACACUCUUAGAAGAAACAAGAAGACUGGUUGCAAGUAAUAUUUAAGAAACAAAAAAGACUUAGAAUAGGAUUUUAUUAAUAUUAAUUUAAUGCUAUUAGCAAUCUUCAGA